UUUCUUCGCCUCCGUUCACCUCCAUUCACACAGUAAAUAAAAGCAUGGAGGCUCCGACUCUCGGGAUCUAAUACCGAACAGCGGGGGGUAAAGACACCGCAUGCGCUCUCCCUUUCACCAAAACACACAGGAAGGAAGCAGGACAGCGGCGGACGCUUUGCCAUUUGGAUUUAACUCGUUUUACGUGGAAGAGAGGGUUGUAGUUGGAGAGGAGCGGGGCAGCCCGCCGUGCUGAGCAUGAAGCGGACGGCUGUAGUGGCCAGGCACAAUGGCCUCGUCUCUCCGCUGGGGAACAACAACUCCGGGGCUUCGAGCAUCGUCUCACCACCACAGCCGAGAGCCACUAGUAUCUCCGCUUCUGCCGACAGUGGUGUUGGCGGUGGGAUGGACGGCCUGCUGGAUUUCUCCAAAGGCCCCACCGUCAAAACCGAGCUGGUCUGUAAAUGGAUUGACCGAACUUCUUCGAGACCGAGGCUUGGGCGGACGGCGACAUCCGUCUGCGACCAAACUUUCAGCUCCAUGCACGAGCUGGUGGACCACGUCACCACCGAGCAUGUAGCAGCGGGGCUCGAGACCCUCAGUCAUGUCUGCAUGUGGGACGAGUGUAUGCGCGGCGGGAAGGCAUUCAAAGCCAAAUACAAACUCAUCAACCACAUUCGCGUGCACACCGGGGAGAAGCCUUUUUCAUGCGCAUUUCCCAACUGCGGCAAGAUGUUCGCACGCUCCGAGAACCUCAAGAUCCACACGCGCACGCACACUGGUGAGAAGCCAUUCCAGUGUGAUUAUUGUGAGCGACGCUUCGCCAACAGCAGCGACCGGAAGAAGCAUUCACAGGUCCACACAGCCUCGAAGCCCUACGACUGCAAAGCCCUGGGCUGCACCAAGUCCUACACCCACCCCAGCUCCCUGCGCAAACACAUGAAGGUUCACGUCAAGUCGUCACCUACCUCUGAACCCCAGGACGUGUACGACUCCAUCCCUCAUCAACUCCAACAACCUCAUCAAGCCCUCCUCGAGCCCCUCGACCUUAAAAUGAAUCGCCUCUCUCCAUCACUUGCCAAUAAAAACACAAAUUUUCCUCUCCUGUCCAAUCACCAAUUGGAUAUCAGCUCAGCCAGCGAAGUUGACCAUAAGCUGCUGCUGCGGAGUUCAUCGCCAAUGACAAUGCCUCUGGAUCUCUCUCUGUCAGGCCUGAAGAGUCAGCUGGCCCAGAAGCAGCAGAGUGGUAGGACCCAGCGGAGGAGCCAGCGCUCAGUCAACCCAGCCUUACCUCAGUUGUCUAACAUUAAGGAGUGGUAUGUCUGUACCAGGAGUACAGCACCACACUUUCCUCUACUUCACCCAGACCACAUCAAAUCAGAACCUAGUGAUGAUGAGGAGUAUGUCACGUAGGACGGAGGGACUGAGAAUUUGGUCUUGAUGAACAUAUAUUAUCAGACCCAGGUCAGGCCAAGAGAAUGCUCUGUGGAAUCAUAGUUGCUGUAAAUUUCCAGAACCAGCAGUUGUAUGGUUCAACAUCAGAGGCCCUGCUAAGAUGGAGAAGGCUGUGAUCAGAUGGAGACCUUUUUUUUACUUUGUCUCUAAUACAAAACUCAGCUUGGCGAUCAUCACUAUCUGUGGACCGAAAAGCAAUGGCUCAAAUGUUGUCAGAAGGGACAAGAGGAAUUCCAUCAUUAUGGUUAUCAAACAAAAUGUUUGACAAAAAAACUGCAAGAUAUCCAAUCAGUGCUAGCUAGCUUACCUGAGCUAACAAAGGGGAUGACAUUGUACAAAUGGACCAGGCGAUGUUGGGUACUGCUCUGCUUGCUUUUAAAGAAUAUGAAGAGGGUGUGUGUACAUGAUGACCUCUCUAGGGAGACAGAUUAUUGACCAAUUUAUCUAAGCGCUCCACCUAAAUGAAGCAAUUUUAAGGGCUACAUUGACACUGAUAGAAGGUGGUUAAUGUUAUCCUGAGGUCAAUAUAGCUCUGUACACAUGGUACCCCGACAGGUCCAAAACAGCAGGCACACAGGUUGGAGGUGAGCGUGUGCCUGUUAUGGCCCCAGUAUGUUUUAAACAAACUAGUUUGUACAUCAGAUCAGAAAUUGUUUGAAGCAGCUGAUUUUGCGGUCAGAACGGGGUUUUUAAAUGCUGUUAGGUGAUCAAGCACUUUGUUUAAAGCAAACUGAUGCCUUUACUUAUAAACCAUUGGUAGUAACUUGUUCAAACGUGUUUUAUGUGAUCACAGUCUAAUCCAACACAGUAGCCAGCAGUGAAGCUACAGUUUGAAGACCAUAGGGACUGUUCCUUCUUUGUACUGAUCAUUAAGUGUCUUCUUAACCUCUUCAACUCUAUGGACCUUUCAGUGGGUUAAUUGCCUGCAUCUGUUUACACUCCAUCUACAAUUAAGUCAAGACCCCAAGGUUUCCAAAAUUACCAUAUAUGUCAUACACAUAUUCCUUUAACAUGAAAAUGUGUAUUAAAUGAUGCACAAGACAUCUAUUGUUUUCCCUUUGAUCAAAUGGUGCAGCCAUAAAAAGUGGAAUCUUGGAUUUGAAAAUUUACUCAAUGUCGCUUCAAUGAAUCAACGAAACGAGCAGAAUGUAUUGUGAAAGAUUGUGGUAGAGCUUGGAAAAAUAUUUUGUCUAUGUUUGAACUUACUGCAUUGAGAACACUUUAAACUUAGUAAUAAGUGACUUAUAUCAAUAUACAUUAUCCAUCAACUAGUAGGACAUAUCAAGCUGGAUUUGAACCUGAGUUCUAAGAAAAUCUAGCUGAAGCAGAUUGUUUAAACAUACAAUGAGACAGAAUUUAAAUUAUAUUUUAAAGGGAAAUUAAGGCUGAUUUAUGGUUGUACGUGACUCUACGUAGAGCCUAAGUAAGUGGCUUAUGCCGUUGUGAGGAUUUAUACUUGUGUGCUACUGUGUCUGCGUCAUUCUAGCGCAUGUCUUUAAGAGAAUUGAAGAGCAGAGCCAGUAUGUAGUAUGUGCGUGUGUGCCCUUGAUUUUUGGUUUUAAAGUGUGUACAACCCAGGUCUUACAACCUUAAAACUGAAAGUGAGCACACCUGAAAUCUCUCUAAUAAUCCCUCAUUGCACAGGAAAACUGGGUGCAGUAAGUAAGUACAGUACAUCAAAAUUGGAGUAGGAAGUGAGUCUGUAAACUGUGAUGGAUGUUCUCAAGGGUUAUCUUGGGAAAUCAUUUUAGUGUUUAUCUUCCAAGUACGUUUGGCUAAUGUGGGGGUUUGUUUAAAACCUUUUAAGUCACUUUUCCCCCAAGCUAUUAACUUAGUGUGUACAUUAUUAUUACUGGCAGGAAUGAUGGACAAAACAGCAAAUAACACCAAGGUUGAAUGAAACUGGAAUUUCCCUUUAAACAAUUUAAAUGAUUUGAGAAUUGUGAGUUUCAAUUUCAUUUAGGUUUACUUACGACAAAUCAAUCUGGAAGUCAUGAGUGGAGAGGGUACAGGGAAGUAUAUAUAGUAAGUGCAGAACAAAAUUGGACAGACAGAAUUGUGUCAUUAAAGUUUUGAUUCUCAAGCAAUAAUCUCUAGACAAGAGCAAGCAACUACUCGCACCCAGUUUAUGAAGUUCGUAUUAUUUUCAUGGUCAUCACGUUGAAACAGUGAUUUGCACCAUCACCUCACAGUUGUGGCCUUUCUGUAGGGAGUUCACAUGUCUGUGUGGGUUUUCUCCCACAGUCCAAACACAUACAGGUCUGAUUAAUUGGAAACUGAAUUAGCUGUAGGUGUGAAUAGUUGUCUGUCCAUAUAUGUGGUAACUUCUCAAGGUGUACCAUGCCUUUCACACAAUGUGAGUUGGGAUAGGCUCCAGCUCUCUGUCUCAUGUUAUCAAGUGCUCAGAAUCUCUCAGCUAAUGAAAACUAGGAACUACCCAAUCAGCUUGUUGCUUCAAAUUGUUUGAGUACAAAUCUGUCCCUGGGUUAUCAUAAAUGUUGCCCUACAGAUUGAUUAAUUUUGCCUCGUGAUAGGGCAGACAUUUCAGAGUUAUUGAUCACUGAAUAGCACAUAUUUGUUUUAAAGAGAAAGGCUUUUUGAUGCAGUAUCACACCAUGACCACCAGAACUCAUUGAAGGUUUCCAAUUCAGACACCUUCUGAACAAUUCAUUGUCUAAAAACAUGUUCAACGCAGCAGAUGCAAGAUACAGUCAGCUAAUAUGAACUCCAGUGAGAUCAACAUUUCCUUUCACCCUUUCCCACCCCAACCCUCUGAAUUAGCAACACUAAGUCACAAUGAUGUGUGAGUAAACGAGUGAAUAAGAAAUUUAAUUAAAACCAACCAACCUUA